AUGAGCAAUAUUUCUGGAUCUUCGAGCUGUUCGACAAAUGUUCGCGAAAGAGGAAGAAUUGUUGGUGUACCUAAGAGAUGUUGGUGUGGAGAAACAAUUGUGGCCAAAACUUCCAAAUCCGACCAUAACCCAAAUCGACGAUACCUUCGGUGUGUAUAUGCAGCUGGAAAUAAGCUUAUGAAUGACAAUCACGUUUUCAAAUGGGUCGAUGAUGCUUUGUUGGAUGAGGUGGAGACAAUGAAAGAGUUCAUAUCAGAGACAAUGAAGGAGAAGAAGAUGCAAAUGGAGCUGCAAAUGGAACUUGAGAAGAAGAUGGUAAUGGAGGUUGAGAAAGAGAUAUUUGAGAGGAUUGAAGAUGUUAAAGAUGAAUUCAAAUCAAGGAUGAAUAGGAUGAUAAUUGUUUUGGUAUUUGGUUGUAUGAUCAUGAUCGGUCUAGUUAAGCUAAUAUGA